CUGGAGUGCAGUGAGUGCCUCAAGGUGUCAAAAUCAGACUGAGCUGGUUAGAGGCCAGCACGAACUCAUUUGUAUAAGAAGUUAUUAUCUCAGGCAAAAUUCUCAAUGCCCUUUGGACUUGUACAUUGUCGGCUGUACUUUAUACAAGUAUCCAGGUGUGGGCAGUGAUUCAGGGCUCGAGUGAUCUCUCUUACCGGCCCAAGGAUCCAAGGCAAUCAGUGCAAAACCUGGCCAGCAGCCCGAGUGAGUAGGAGCCAUGUGACUCUGGUGAGUUGGAGUGUGCAGUUGCCUCCUGCUUCAGAGCUACCUGAUCCGAAUACUAAGCAGAGCGAGUGCCGGGCUGAGUGGAAGACACCGAAGACACUGCAGAGCAAGGUGCUUUUUCCAGAGGUGUUACAGAACAUGGAGAUUAAAGACCAGGGAGCCCAAAUGGAGCCGCUGCUGCCAACGAGAAAUGAUGAAGAAGCCGUUGUGGAUAGAGGUGGAACACGUUCUAUUCUCAAAACACAUUUUGAAAAAGAAGAUUUAGAAGGUCAUCGAACAUUAUUUAUUGGAGUUCAUGUGCCGCUUGGUGGAAGAAAGAGCCAUCGUCGUCACAGGCAUCGAGGCCAUAAGCACAGAAAGCGGGACAGAGAGAGAGAUUCAGGACUAGAGGAUGGAGGAGAGUCACCUUCUUUUGAUACCCCAUCACAGAGGGUGCAGUUUAUUCUUGGAACUGAGGACGAUGAUGAGGAGCACAUUCCUCAUGACCUUUUCACAGAACUGGAUGAAAUUUGCUGGCGUGAAGGGGAAGAUGCCGAGUGGCGAGAAACAGCCAGGUGGUUAAAAUUUGAAGAAGAUGUGGAAGAUGGAGGAGAAAGAUGGAGUAAACCCUACGUGGCUACACUUUCGUUGCACAGCUUGUUUGAGUUGAGAAGCUGCAUUCUGAACGGAACUGUGCUACUGGACAUGCAUGCCAACACUUUAGAGGAGAUCGCAGAUAUGGUCCUUGACCAGCAGGUCAGCUCAGGCCAGCUGAAUGAGGAUGUACGCCACAGGGUCCAUGAAGCCCUGAUGAAGCAGCAUCAUCACCAGAGUCAGAAAAAGCUCACUAACAGGAUUCCUAUCGUCCGAUCUUUUGCUGAUAUUGGCAAGAAACAAUCAGAGCCAAAUUCCAUGGAUAAAAAUGCAGGUCAGGUCGUUUCUCCUCAGUCUGCUCCAGCCUGUGCUGAAAAUAAAAAUGACGUCAGCAGGGAAAACAGCACCGUAGACUUCAGCAAGGGACUGGGAGGCCAGCAAAAAGGGCAUACUAGUCCAUGUGGGAUGAAACAAAGGCUUGACAAAGGACCACCACACCAGCAGGAGAGAGAGGUUGAUCUUCAUUUUAUGAAAAAGAUUCCUCCGGGUGCUGAGGCUUCAAACAUCUUGGUAGGAGAACUGGAGUUUCUAGACAGAACUGUGGUUGCUUUUGUCAGGUUGUCUCCAGCCGUCUUGCUCCAAGGACUGGCUGAAGUUCCAAUCCCAAGCAGAUUUCUGUUUAUCCUUCUGGGACCACUGGGAAAGGGUCAACAGUACCAUGAGAUUGGCAGAUCGAUUGCAACCUUAAUGACUGAUGAGGUGUUUCAUGAUGUUGCUUAUAAAGCUAAAGACCGCAAUGACUUGGUGUCAGGAAUUGAUGAGUUUCUGGAUCAGGUUACCGUUCUUCCUCCUGGAGAAUGGGACCCAAGCAUACGAAUAGAACCUCCCAAAAAUGUUCCUUCCCAGGAGAAGAGGAAGACUCCUUCUCUACCAAAUGGAACAGCGGCUCAUGGCGGACCUGAGCAACAUGGAGGACACAGUGGACCUGAGCUCCAGCGGACUGGGAGGAUUUUUGGGGGACUUAUAUUAGAUAUCAAAAGGAAGGCUCCGUUCUUCUGGAGUGACUUCAGGGAUGCUUUCAGCCUGCAGUGCUUAGCAUCAUUCCUGUUUCUCUACUGUGCAUGUAUGUCUCCUGUCAUCACAUUUGGAGGACUGCUGGGAGAAGCCACCGAAGGUCGUAUAAGUGCAAUCGAAUCACUCUUUGGAGCAUCUAUGACCGGGAUAGCCUAUUCUCUUUUUGGUGGACAGCCCCUGACCAUAUUAGGCAGUACGGGACCUGUUCUGGUGUUUGAAAAGAUCUUGUUUAAAUUCUGCAAAGAAUAUGGGCUGUCAUACUUGUCCUUACGGGCCAGCAUUGGGCUCUGGACUGCAACACUGUGCAUCAUACUCGUGGCCACUGAUGCGAGUUCCCUUGUCUGCUAUAUCACCCGGUUCACUGAAGAAGCAUUUGCUUCUCUCAUUUGCAUCAUUUUUAUCUAUGAAGCCCUGGAGAAGUUGUUUGAGCUCAGUGAAUCCUAUCCAAUCAAUAUGCACAACGACUUGGAACUGCUGACACAGUACUCGUGUAACUGUAUGGAGCCACACAGUCCCAGCAAUGACACACUGAAGGAGUGGCGCGAGUCCAACAUUUCUGCCUCUGACAUAAUUUGGGGGAACCUAACUGUGUCAGAGUGCAGAUCACUCCACGGGGAAUAUGUCGGGCGAGCCUGUGGCCAUGGCCACCCGUAUGUGCCGGACGUUCUCUUCUGGUCAGUGAUCCUGUUCUUCUCCACAGUUACUAUGUCAGCCACCCUGAAGCAGUUCAAGACCAGCCGGUAUUUCCCCACUAAGGUUCGAUCCAUAGUGAGUGAUUUUGCGGUUUUUCUUACAAUUCUGUGUAUGGUUUUAAUUGACUAUGCCAUUGGGAUCCCAUCGCCAAAACUACAAGUACCAAGUGUUUUCAAGCCCACCAGAGACGACCGUGGCUGGUUUGUUACACCUUUAGGUCCAAACCCAUGGUGGACAAUCAUUGCUGCCAUCAUUCCAGCAUUACUCUGUACUAUUCUGAUUUUCAUGGACCAGCAGAUUACAGCUGUUAUCAUCAACAGGAAGGAGCACAAGCUAAAGAAAGGUUGUGGCUAUCACCUGGACCUGUUGAUGGUGGCAGUCAUGCUGGGGGUAUGCUCCAUUAUGGGCCUGCCAUGGUUCGUGGCAGCCACUGUCCUCUCCAUCACUCAUGUGAACAGCCUCAAGCUGGAAUCUGAGUGCUCUGCUCCAGGAGAACAACCCAAAUUUCUCGGCAUUAGGGAACAGAGGGUCACUGGGCUCAUGAUUUUCAUCCUUAUGGGUUCAUCAGUUUUUAUGACCAGCAUUCUGAAGUUUAUCCCCAUGCCAGUGUUAUAUGGAGUGUUUCUUUACAUGGGCGCCUCGUCUCUGAAGGGAAUUCAGUUGUUUGAUAGAAUAAAACUCUUCUGGAUGCCAGCCAAACACCAACCAGAUUUCAUCUAUCUAAGGCAUGUACCUCUCCGAAAAGUCCAUCUCUUCACAGUCAUUCAGAUGAGUUGUCUCGGCCUUCUGUGGAUAAUCAAAGUUUCGAGAGCUGCUAUUGUCUUUCCUAUGAUGGUGUUGGCACUGGUAUUUGUGAGAAAGUUGAUGGACUUCUUGUUUACCAAACGGGAACUUAGCUGGCUCGAUGAUUUAAUGCCUGAGAGCAAAAAAAAGAAACUGGAAGAUGCUGAGAAAGAAGAAGAACAAAGUAUGCUAGCCAUGGAGGACGAGGGCACAGUACAACUCCCACUGGAGGGACACUACAGAGACGACCCAUCUGUGAUCAAUAUUUCUGAUGAAAUGUCAAAGACUGCCAUGUGGGGGAACCUUCUAGUCACUGCUGACAACUCAAAAGAAAAGGAGUCACGCUUUCCUUCUAAAAGCAUUGAAAGCCGAAAGGAGAAGAAAGCUGACUCAGGGAAAGGCGUUGACAGGGAGACUUGUCUAUGACUUGAUCUUCAAUUUAUUUUUUACAUAUAUAUGAGAAGAGUGUCACAAUUAUUAAUAAAACUGCUUUGAUCAUGUCAUUGUAAGCCCUGUCUCCCAUCCCAAAUCCACCUUCAUAAGUAAGUAGUGCCACCCUUCGUUCUGUUUGUGUUCAGCCUCUGAGCAGGUCAACACCCUUGUGAGCAGAUCCAUAGCUAAGGCAGGAGUCUCCAUGUUACUGCCGUAGGACAUCCGCCAACACACAGUUCUCAUUGUUGGCAUUAGGAGAGCAAAGCUUUCUUUAAAAUAUAAGUCAUAUUUGCCUAGUUUGUAUUUUCCUACCUUAGUAACCUGAAGAUGCCUGAUAAUUUUAUUCAGAAGAGUUUUGAAAGGUCGUAUUACUUUUUCAUUUUUAUGGCUUAGCAUUCGUGACUGGUUUUGAAAGACCCAAAUAAAAAUGUUAGCAUUUUUAAUAAUUGUAUUUAUGUAUUCCUUGACUUAAUAUGAUACAUUUAAUACUUAAUAUUUAACUAUUACUUCAAGUCAUUUGAGAAAGAGAUCUGUUCAUACCUUCUUAAAAGACAUACUGCAAAGAGUUAAGUAGUGUUUACUUAGAAUUCAAGUUGUAACCACGUACUAGGCUUGUAUUAAAUGCUUUAGAGAUAUUUGAAGAGUUUUGUGGGGUUUUUCAUUUUAAAUCUUUACCAGAAAUGUGCUACUGAAUCUCUCUCCCAUUGACAACAGUUGCUUCUGGAAUACCCCUAUGACAUACAUUCUUACUGAUUGCCACAUGGUGCAGCAUUGUACAUGAGAUACCAGCCCUGGCAGAGCUGUUCUGCUGACCUGGUCAUGUGCUGCUAAGUUUUGGCUCCUAUCAUGUUGUCAUGUUAGACCAACAGGUCUCCAGCUGUAUUUGUUUUUUACAAAGCUCUUUUCCACAUUUAACUAAAUGCAUGUUGUGGAAAAAUAGCCUUUGAACUAAAACUUCAGAUUCUGUUAGAGACGGUUAUGUAAAUAUUUCAGUCCAUAUGAAACAGUCCAACUUUACUAAGCUUAUUGAAACAGGAAGGAAGUUAUGGAUUUUUGAGUAUUACUAAAUAUAAACUUCAUUUAAUUUUAGAUAAAUGUGAUUUAAUAAAAAAUGAAAUAUUAUAGGGCUCUUAGUUCCUACAAAUUGUCAAUAAUUGAUAAUUAUUAUAAUCUUUCAAUGUCCCAAUUUAGAAAAAUUCAGAGCCUUUUGGAUUUUAUAAAUUAUAUGUACUCCAUGUAAACGAACAUAAUUGGAAAAAUCCUCUUUGCUAUUAAGCUAACGAAGGUGAAAGACAACAAGCCAACGUAACCUUAAUAUUUUGAUAUCUUUUGAACAAAAAGUUUCCUCACAAUCCUUUCAGAAGCCAUUUUUAAUGAGAUAUAAGUCAAAAUUGUGAGAAGAAUUUGCAGUUAGUAAAGUCUGUAUUUAUAAAUGGUAAAGAAAAAUGCAAAACUGUCUGUUCCAAAUGUGCUACCUUUGUGUAUGUUGUAAUAGCGCAUUCCAUCUAAACAUCCUCACUGUCUGUGAUGUAGCAGGCCAAUCCCCAAAACACUCUCCUGGUGUCUCUAUAGCGUGAUGUCUGUUUUGUUGAAAUGACCAGUGAAUGAAACUGCAAUGAUCACUGGUUUAAAUAAGCAAUCAGCCUAUGAAAUUCUGUAUUUCUGAGUAUUUUUAUAGUAAUUUUGUUCUUGUGUGAAUUUUAAUGCUAUCUCUAUCUUAAUCUUAAUAUUUUGAAAUCAUAAAAUAUAAGAAAAUGUAGUAUUCUAUAUUUACUCCUAAUUUCAAAUUCCUGGUCAAAAUUACUGAAUAUCUUGAAUGUAAUUUAUUGCAAUGUUAAAGUACUGUGUAAAUGUGACUAGGAUAUUGUGUUUUUCAAAACUAAGAAAUGUUAUGUGCAAAUAAAUAUUUAUCCUACCUAA